AUGUUUUCACUUGCACAACAAAAUUUCUACUACUACUAUUUCGUGACGCAUAUCUUCACGACCAUUUUGGUGGACUCGACUGUUGUUGUGCCGGAAAAAUUCCAAUUCACCAAAUGGCUCGUAGACUACCAUAUUUCGCUGAACAACGAUUUUCUGCUAUAUGAAAGGCCGGCCUGGCUGUGGUGGUUUGUACUCGUCGAGUGCGUAGGUCAAUUGCCUGCUUUUUUUUGGUUUGCGUACAAAUUAAGGCAUAUUUGGGCUCUGAGAAAAGCCUCCAGCGACGACAAGACCUCGAAAAUGCAGUUAAAUGCAAGCAACAAACAACUGCUUUUUUGGCUCAGAGUGUAUGGAUGGAAUGCCGGGCUAACUACGUUAUUCUGUCUAUAUACGGUGUGGACGCGGGGAUAUUACCCAGAAGGCGAAUUUUUGCCAAUGAGUGUGGAGGACAAAUUGAAGCUCAUGGCCGUUUACUGUCCAUACCUGAUUAUCCCACUUCGUUUGUGCUUCUUGUAA